AGUCGGCUCCCGAUUGGUUGGAUCUUGCGGCUCUUGACCUCGGAAGCAGUUGGCGUUGGUACUCGGAGCAGGAGGCGGUUGCAAGGUUCCUGCGAGGCCCCUGCUUUUUCAGGCAGUGACAGGAUGAGAGGCAGCAGGAAGCGCAAGUCUGGAGAUGGGGCCGGGUCGCAGCAUAAAAAGUCAAAAUACAUGAAGAAGAAAGGGUCUACCCGGGCAGAUGUCUCUGAUGAUCUUCGACAAGAAGUGGAAAAUCUCUAUAAGCUCUCAAUGCCUGAAGAUUUCUAUCACUUUUGGAAGUUCUGUGAAGAACUUGAUUCUGAAAAACCAGCUGAUGCCCUGUUAACAAGCCUUGGACUCCAACUUGUUGGUCCUUUUGAUAUCCUUUCUGGAAAACACAAAGUGGAAAACAAAUCAACAGACCUAAAUUUUAACCUUCACUGGAGGUUUUACUAUGAUCCUCCUGAGUUCCAGACCAUUGUUAGUGGAGAUGACAAAACUCAGUAUCACAUGGGGUAUUUUAGAGACUCACCUGAUGAACUUCCUGUAUGUGUUGGCGUAAAUGAGGCAAAGAUAAAUUGUACAAUUGUUCAAAAUGGAGACAAUGUAUUUGCUGCAGUCAAAUUAUUUUUGGUGAAAAAAAUUCAGGAGGAAACAGAUAAAAAGAAAACUGAUCUUUUACAGAGCAUAAAUGAAAAACUAACAGAAGCAGCCAGAAAGCUGGGUUAUUCCUUGGAACAAAAAAGCAUGAGCAUGAAACAGAGAGAUAAAAAAGUAGUGACGAAGACUUUUCACAGUGCAGGCCUGGUUGUCCCGAUAGAUAAAAAUGAUGUUGGAUACAGAGACCUCCCUGAAACAGAUGCUAAUCUUAAGAUAAUUUGCAAAAUGAUUGUUGAGGCUUCAAGCGAUGAGCAAAGAAUGAAAGCAUUUGCCCCCAUUCAGGAAAUGGUGACUUUUGUUCAAUUUGCUAAUGAUGAAUGUGACUAUGGAAUGGGACUCGAGCUAGGAAUUGACCUUUUUUGCUAUGGCUCCCAGUAUUUUCACAAGGUUAUUGGUCAGCUUCUACCUCUUGCCUAUAAGCUGUUGAAGAGGAAUUUGUUUGCAGAGAUCAUUGAAGCUCAUUUGGCCAACAGAAGCAAAGAAAAUGUAGAUCAACUUGCAACAUGAAUGGGAAAUGGUAUAAAAGUGUUUGUUUUAAAAUGUUAAAUGUUAGAUCAACUUGCAACAUGAAGGGGGGAAAAAGAUGGUACACAAAGCAAUGUUUUAAAAUGUUAAAUGUUUGAUAAUGUUUGGAGCACUAAACUAUUAAAUAGUUUUGGUUUUUCUUUUUUGAAAGAAUUUGAAAACUGAUUAAAUAAAGCUUAUAAAAUUAAGCCAAA